CGCGGGAUGCGGUGGAUCUCCUGGAGCACAGCGCUGGCGUGGGACGCAGCGGCAGCAAGGCGGACGGCCGCGCUGACGGUGUGGGCGGGUGCUGGGUUUGCGGUUGCUGCACGGCUUGGCUGGGCGCGGGCGGUGCCCGGCUGUUCCUCUGUGGUGGUGGUGGUCGGCUGGGGGACGAGCUGGGCAGGGUGGGGCUCGUUGUGGCGUUGCCCUGCUCUAGCUCGUAUGGAUCUUGGUGGUGGCACCGGCCAACGACGCGGCUUUGGUGGCUCGAGCAGCAGUGGCGGCAUCUUCCCUUCUCCUAGGUCCGAGCCGGUGAAGGUUGGGACCUAGGGUCUAUGCUCGGGCGGGCCAGAUCUGGGCCCGAUGCGGAUCGGAGCUUCCGGUCCGGGUAGGUGAGGAUGGGCUUGGUCCGGGUGGCGGUCGGUGGCGGCGUCUUCCGGGCUCUCCGGUUGGCUAUGGGGCUGCGCGGCUAUUGCAGUUUGGUGGCGGUGCGAUCCGGGUUGUGGACGUCUUUGGUGUGCGGCGUGGAUCUGGUUAGUGGUGGUGGACGACUACUGGCGCAUGGAUACGAGAGGUUGAAUCGGUCCACGUUGGUUUCGUUCACGUUGUGCUUUUCGUGUCUGAUGCUUGUUUAUGGCGUCGGUCCGAGCUCGACUCUUCGGGUGUUGCUGUGUCAUCGAACGGAUCGGCUUCGAAGACCAUGGGCAUAGCAUCGUUCGAGCUUGCUCGGUGGUGGCCGUCGGCAGCCACUGGGUUGCAUUCCCACGGUCCACCGGGACCAGCAGGUGAGGCAAGUGUGGGCGCCUCCUACUGUGGAUGCGCUAACCCAGACCCGGUGGCUGAUGCCGGGCUAGGAGUGAAAGGAGGUCCCUUUUACUCCUACUACCAUGGUGGGGGGUCAUGAUGUGUAUGACUGGUGGUGUCCGGGGCCAUGGAUGCCGGGACUAUGGUCUUGGAUGGCGGGCCUCGUGGUUGGCUUUCUAGCAGGCCCUGUGGUGGCGGUGUGGCGGUGGUGACUCUACUUCUUGGUCGUGUGGGCGGCAUGGGGUGGAGUGAUGGGAGGCUCGAGGCUGCUCUGGCAGUGCCUAGAUCUGGUGUGGACGGGCUGGCCCUUGUAGAGGUGUUGAUCGGCACUCCUCCUGGUGGCAUUGGCAAGCUCUAGAGCGAAAGCUUCGCACUAUUUGGCGCAGACGUCGGCGGCGCCUGUGCCUGCUGUUUGCUUCUUGGAGUUGUCGUCGAGGCUCUCGUUAGGUCAGGGCUCCGGGUGAAAACCUAUGUUUGUUUGCUUGGACUCGGCAACGGCGACGCUGCGCGCCGUCACCUUCGGGGCGUUGUCGUGGAGCUCAGGAGUUGUCGGUCGGAUCUCGGAUAGGUGUUAGCUUGUUCUAGGUUAAUAUUGUAUCUUUUGAUCUGCUUUGUAAGAGGGCUUCCUCACCACACUGUAUCGUUCGGCCUGUACUUUGUUAUGUUGCUUUAUUGAUAAAGAGGGACGAAAGUCUGUUUUGAGAGAGAGAUGUCUGCCAACAAACACGUACACACGUACACGUAUUACCUAAAGUCCACCCGGCCGGAUCAAACCUUUCAAACUUGAAGCAUGCAUGCAAUCGGAUCGUGAUCGUGAUCGUGAUAGCCGGUGAUCGAUGGUCUGAGGCUGAUCGAUCGCGUGGAGAAAUAAAGAAAAGAUACUAGCUAGCUAGGGGAAGUGGGCACUUUGCUAUCCAACCCAAGACUUACGUUUCUUUAUUUCUCCACGCGAUCGAUGAGCCUCCAAACUAUCAAUAAGUAGUUUCGCGCGCUGACCCAAACUAGUUAUCCAUGAGGACAAGCAGCCAAGCUAGCCACUUGCAAUCUGCGCGCGAGGAUCAUACAUAUCGUUUGCUCGCAGCCGGAAAUGGCGGCAACGAUGGCGGAGGGCGAGCCGCCGCCGUUCACCCAUGAGGACAAUCGCCGCUUCCUCCAGAUGCUCCGCGACAAGAAGCAAAUGCUGGGAAUCGGCAGCCCCAAGGUGGAGGUGCAGUUCCAGGACCUCACCGUGGAGACUUACGUGCGCAUCGGCCGCCGGGAGCUGCCGACGCUGCCCAACUGCGUCGUCAACGCCGCCCAGGAGUUGGCAUCAUAUUCGCACAUGUGCACACCAAGGAAAAGAGCGGUCAAAAUUAUAAAUGCAGCAAGUGGAACAAUUCGACCAUCAAGGAUGACACUUCUACUGGGAGCACCUGGUUCCGGGAAAACAACCUUUUUAAAAGCAUUGGCAGGAAAGCUGGAUUUGUCUUUGAAGCGCAAAGGAAAGCUCAUGUACAAUGGAGAUGAAGUGAAUUCCUCAACACCACAACACAUGCAUGCUUACAUUAGCCAGUAUGAUCUUCACCAUGCUGAGAUGACGGUCAGAGAGACGAUUGAUUUUGCAUCCAAUAUGUUGGGAACCAACAAUGAAUUCGUUCUCAUAUUUGGAAUGGAAACCAUAGAGAUGAUUGGAGAAGCAGCAAGAAGAAAACAUGAUGUUGUAAACGAAGUUGACAAAAAUCUUGACUCAUUUAUUAAGGCUACCACAUUUGGAGAAGGAAGAAACCUUACAACAAACUACAUUAUCAAGAUACUUGGUUUGUCUGAGUGUACAGAUACCCUAGUGGGGGAUGAGAUGAGGAGAGGCAUAUCUGGAGGACAAAAGAAAAGAUUAACAAUCGGAGAAAUGCUAGUUGGUCUAGCAAAAUGCUUCUUUAUGGAUGAUAUUUCAACUGGUCUUGAUAGCUCCACGACGUACGAGAUCAUAAAAGUUAUACAACAAAUGGCUCAUUUACUAGAUCUCACGGUGGUUAUUUCCUUGCUUCAACCACCUCCUGAGACAUUGGAAUUAUUUGACGACAUAAUUCUUUUAUGUGAGGGUCAAAUUGUAUACCAGGGCCCUCGAGAAAAUGCUACUGAUUUCUUUGAGAUUAUGGGAUUCAAAUGCCCCGAAAGGAAGAAUAUAGCCGAUUUCCUUCAAGAGGUGACCUCCAUGAUGGACCAAAAGCAAUAUUGGAUUGGUGAACAACAUAGGUAUCACUACCAUUCAAUUGAAAAAUUUGCGGAAUCAUUCCGUUCAUCCUAUCUCCCUCGACUUGUACAAGACAAACUUUUACUGCCAAAUACUAAUACAAUAAAGGGCGAGGUGGUAAAAACUGGUUCAGGUCUCUCCAGAUGGAAUGUUUUCAAGGCAUGUUUUUCAAGGGAAGUACUACUUCUGAAAAGAAACUCCCCAAUACACAUAUUCACAACCAUACAGAUAACUAUCCUUGCUUUGGUGAUAUCGACUAUUUUCCUUCGAACAAAUAUGAACCACAAAUCUAUACUUGAUGCCAACAAGUAUGUUGGAGCUCUCUUUAUUGCUGUUAUGCUAGUAAAUUUCAAUGGCAUGAUUGAAAUUGCAAUGACAAUCAAGAGACUUCCCACUUUCUACAAACAAAGAGAGUUACUAGCAUUGCCAGGAUGGGCACUCCUUACUCCAAAUUUCCUUCUUAGUAUCCCAAUAUCACUUAUGCAGACAGGUCUUUGGACUAGCUUAACCUACUAUUUGAUUGGCUAUGCACCUUCCUUUAUCAGAUUCAUGAAGCACUUCUUGGUACUUUUUUCCAUGCAUCAAACAUCAAUGGGCAUGUGUCGUUUGUUAGCAGCAGUGGCAAGGACGCUAGUAAUGGCCAACGUUCUAGCAACCACAACCCUUAUAGCAAUCUUUAUAUUUGGAGGCAUCGUCAUUUCAAAAGAUGAUCUCAAACAAUGGUUACAGUGGGGAUAUUGGACAUCACCAUUCGCCUAUGCGCAGAAUGCAAUCUCUUUAAAUGAGUUCCUUGAUGAAAGAUGGGCUACAGAAUUUCAUUAUGAAAAUGCUAAUACGAUUGGUGAAGCUAUCCUCAAGAUCAGGGGUUUUCUCACGGAGUCGCACUGGUAUUGGAUUUGUGUCAGCGUUUUAUUUGGAUUCGCGCUCGUCUUCAAUAUACUCAGUAUAUUUGCACUGGAGUUCUUGAACUCACCACAUAAACGUGAAGUUCACACCAAUGCCACGGAUACAAUGAUGGAGUGUGCAACAACAAAAAAUGGAUCUCACGAUGCAUCAAUUCCACAAGGUGUCCUUCCAUUUCAGCCUCUUUCCUUUGCAUUCGAUGCUAUCAACUAUUCUGUCGAUAUGCCUAAGGAGAUGAUGAAGUAUGGAGUAACAGAGAAAAAACUUCAUCUACUACAAGAUGUCAGCGGUGCUUUCAGGCCAGGAGUGCUAACAGCUCUGAUGGGGAUCACUGGUGCUGGAAAGACAACAUUGCUCGAUGUUUUGGCCGGAAGAAAAACCGGAGGGUAUAUUGAAGGUACUAUCAAGGUAGCAGGAUACCCAAAGAAGCAAGAGACAUUUUCAAGGAUCUCGGGCUAUUGUGAACAAAGUGACAUUCACUCCCCUAACCUCACUGUAUACGAGUCACUUCAGUUUUCUGCAAGACUUCGCUUGCCUUCGGAAGUUACAUCGCACCAAAGAGAUAUGUUUAUACAUGAAGUGAUGCACCUAGUUGAGUUAACUAGAUUGAAGAAUGCAAUGGUGGGUCUGCCAGGAGCAACUGGCCUGUCAGCUGAGCAACGAAAAAGGCUAACAAUGGCCGUGGAGCUGGUAGCUAGUCCCUCCAUCAUAUUUAUGGAUGAGCCAACCACUGGCUUGGAUGCCCGUUCUGCAGCAAUUGUCAUGAGAGCUGUAAGAAAGACAGUGGACACGGGACGAACUAUUGUAUGCACAAUUCAUCAACCAAGCAUUGAGAUAUUUGAAUCAUUUGAUGAGCUUCUACUUAUGAAAAGAGGUGGUCGGAUCAUAUAUAGUGGUUCACUAGGCCCACAUUCUUGCAACAUGAUAGAUUAUUUCGAGGCUAUACCCUGUGUUCCUAGAAUAAAAGAGGGACAAAACCCAGCAGCAUGGAUGUUGAAUGUUAGUUCAAACACAACAGAAUACGAGAUUGGACUGGACUAUGCAGAAAUUUAUCGACGCUCCUCUCUAUACAAGGAGAACAUGAUUCUAGUUGACGAGCUUGGAAAACCAACACCCGGCAUAGAGGAUCUACAUUUUCCUCCAAUAUACUGGCAGAACUUUAGCGCACAAUGCAUGGCUUGCUUGUGGAAACAAAGAUGUGCAUAUUGGAAAAACCCGGAACAUAAUGUUGCUCGAUUCCUAAACACGUUUGUUCAAUCAACUAUGUUUGGAGUUGUAUUUUGGCAAACUGGAUCAACAAUUAAACAGCAACAAGAUAUAUUCAACAUACUAGGACUCAUAUAUGGAACAUCACUAUUUCUGGGCUUCAAUAAUUGCACUAUGUUACAACCAGUUGUGGCCGUGGAGAGGGUUGUUCUCUAUCGAGAAAAGGCGGCAGGCACAUACUCCACCUUGGCCUAUGCCAUAGCUCAGGUGGCAAUUGAAUUGCCUUACAUGCUUGUCCAAGUGUUCAUGUUUGCGGCAAUCAUUUACCCAAUGAUUGGAUUCCAAAUGACCAUUGGCAAGUUCUUUGAGUUUAUCCUUUACAUGGUGCUAAGUUACAUGUACUACACACUCUUCGGGAUGAUGACAGUAGCACUGACACCAAACGUGGAGAUAGCUUCUGGAUUAGUCUAUCUUAUCUUCCUCUUUUGGAAUGUCUUCUCUGGCUUCGUCGUUGGAAGAUUGCUAAUCCCGGUGUGGUGGAGGUGGGCGUAUUGGGCAAAUCCAUCAGCAUGGACGGUGUAUGCGCUCAUGUUCUCGCAGCUGGGCGAUCGUACGGAGCUGAUUCUUGUGCCCGGGCUGCCAUACCAGACAGUGCGGGAGUUCCUGGAGAGCUACCUUGGCCUCGAGGAUGUCUACAUGAACCUUGUCACCUACCUGCAUGUGGCCAUUAUCGCCUUGUUCACCAUUGUCUUCUUUAUCUCCUUGAAGUACCUCAAUUUCCAGCGGAGAUAGAACAAACAAAAUGAAUGGUGUCAUCUGAAUUACAAGUACACUAAGUGAUAAACCACUUUACUGUAUAAAGCUAAGAGAAGAGAAGUGCCCAAUUAAUUAUAAAUAAACACAUGAGCACAAUGAUGUUGGUUCAAGAGGAAAUGUUGAAGUAAUCACCAUAUUUGAGUGAGAAGUUGUAUAUGUACUCUCUCCAUUCUAAAUAAAUUGUAAUUUUAGUAUUG